GUUUUAUGUGUCUUGUUAAUAUAUGACAGGUAUAUUUUCAAGAGGCUGUUUGGGUUGCUUUUAUUGAACUUAACAAGUGGUAAAUGUGGAGUUAUUUUGUUUAGUUCCUUUUCAACGAAUUACGAGGUCUAUUUAUCACUCACCCACUUUUUGUAUUUAAAAAUUGUCAUUAUAAUUCAAAACGAAAUUGGAAAAGCUCAGUCAUAUCUACAUAUUUAUGGUGUAAUAUCAUAACCACAGACCACUUUCUUAGUUAUCUCUGAUUGUAACUUUUAUAUCCCAGUUGUAUUUAUAUUUAAUAAUAGCUAAGGAAUAGAUAAAUACGUAGCUGCACAUUGAAAUAAGUAUAAAAAUGAUAUUUUAGAUUAAAUAUAAACAAUCGAAAAUGAAUUACAAUUUCGAAUUUUUACGAAAGGAGUAUAAAAACGUUUUACAAAAAUCCUUCAAAACUAACAAUGUGGACCUUCUUGAACAAAAGGUAAAAUCAUUUGGGAAAACUGAAAUUGACUUGAAAUCCCCUUUAGAUCAAACUCUUCGAGAUCUGCUACUAAAUAUACUUGAAGAAGAGAAAAGUGUUGUUAUUUUAAAAGAUUAUGUGGACUUUUCUAUUUUACUGUGUAGAAAGGGUCUAAGCUCACCAACAAUACCUGUUGUUCUUCUGGGAGAUAUUUUUGAAACACUUACUCUCGAUAUAUGUGAAAAUAUGUUUAGUUUUGUAGAACAAAAUGUGCAUGUCUGGAAGGAGGAAUUGUUCUUCUCUGGUUGCAAAAACAAUCUUUUACGUUUAUGUAAUGAUCUUCUAAGAAGGCUCUCUAGAACAACAGCAACAGUAUUUUGUGGAAAGAUUCUUUUAUUUUUAGCAAAAUUCUUCCCAUUUUCUGAACGUUCUGGCUUAAAUAUUGUGAGUGAAUUUAAUUUAGAAAAUGUGACAGAAUAUGGUACAGAUCCAACUGAUGAUGAUGGUAUUAGUGAUAUCAGUAAAUCAGGAGAGGAAAAAAAUAUUAUAGAUUUUACAUUUUACUGCAAGUUUUGGCAACUUCAGGACUUUUUUAGAAAUCCAAAUCAAUGCUACAAUAAAGUUCAAUGGAAACUUUUUAGCUCACAUGCCACUAAUGUGUUAAAUACAUUCCAAGGAAUAAAACUAGAUUAUGUAACUUCUACGGAGAAGUCCUCAAAUUUGGGAUAUUUUGCAAAAUAUCUUACUAGCCAAAAACUGUUGGAUUUACAAUUGCAUGAUGUAAAUUUUAGAAGAUCUGUUCUAUUACAAUUCUUGAUUGUUUUCCAGUACUUUACUUCCACAGUUAAAUUUAAAUCGGAUGCAUAUGAGUUAAAGAAUGAUCAAAAAGAAUGGAUAAGUACAAACACAGAGAAAGUUUAUAACUUGUUGAGAGAAACUCCACCAGAUGGAGAAGAAUUUGCUCAAAUUGUCAAAAAUUUAAUGCAUCGGGAGGAAUUGUGGAAUGCAUGGAAAAAUGAUAGUUGUCCAGAAAUUAAGAAGACCUUACCUCAGCCAGUGGAAGUAUCAGAAAGUAAAAAAGAUGCAGAUAAACGUUUAUUGGGAGAUAUUAUAAAAGAGGCUAACAAUCAAGGGAAGUACUUUAUAGGCAGCGGUGAAUUAACUAAACUAUGGAAUCAAUGCCCAAAUAAUUUAGAAGCAUGUAAAGGAAGAAAUUUCUUACCAACAUUAGAGGAAUUCUUCUCGGAACCCAUUCAACAAUUGGAAACUAACCACAAAAUAGAUGAUAGUAUCUUAAAAGAUGGUAAUUUAGGAUGGAGAGCGUUAAGACUACUAGCAAGGCGCAGUCCUCAAUUUUUUACCUACGGUACAACAGUUACAAACUCGCUAUCGAGCUAUUUAGAAGUUAUGAUUAAAAAAAUAGCCCAUGAGAAGCCUGGAAAGGAAGUCACUCAAGAAAAUCAAAAUGAUAGUGAAAUGGAUAAUAUUCUAACAGAAACAGAUCAAGCAACGGAUGAUUUAAAACCUACAGAUCAAGAAGAAUUUGUAGAAGAUACUAUUGUCAGACCUGAAAGAAAAAAUAUUACUUUGCAACAAUUAAUGUACCUCAGCGAGAAGAUUGCACCAAAUUGGCAGAAAUUAGCAACAAAAUUAGGGUUUAAAAAAGAUGAAAUUGAAUUUUUUGAAAAAGAGAACCCUACCCCAAUAGAACAAGCGCGGAACUUACUACAAUUAUGGUUUGAAGAUGAUGAAGAUGCUACGCUAGAGAAUUUGGCGUAUACUUUAGAAGGUCUGGAAAUGAAUGAAGCAGCAGAAGCUGUCAAAAGUGAAAUUAAUAUGGAAGUUUCGUAGCAUGAAAUAUUAGAAGGAAAAUACAAAAUUAUGAAUAAAAAAAUAAAGGUAGAUGUUAAAAACUGGAAAAUAGGAUAACACAAAUUCAGUUGAAAUUAAUGAUUCUGAGCACGUUUACUAAAAUAAAACCAACACUCACAUUUACACUAUUUGAUGCAUGGGGAUAGUUAACAGUUGUGUUCAGUGAGGCAAAUUAGAAUAUUGUAAUAUUAUUUCAAUCAUUGUGAACUAAUAGUAAGUUUUCAAUAAACCAAACACUUUAUUUUUGAAAA